CAGCUAGUUUACACUAUAAAGCCUACCGAAAUUUCCUAGUACAUAAAUUCCCUGAAAAUUUCAAAAAGAAUCUUUAGAAAGGAAGGCAGAUGAACGUGUUAUUAUAAGUUAAAGAGUUUUCAAAAACCUUUUUAAUUAUUGCUUGAAAACAUAAUUAAUCAGUAGAAAUGUUACGUCCACAUCUAAUAGGUCUUUUGUUAGUCGUGGCUGGAUCUAAUGCUUUAUAUGACUCGUCAUCAGAUGUUGUAGAAUUAACACCAAGUAAUUUUGAUAAAUAUGUAAUAAAUUCAGAUGCAGUUUGGAUAGUAGAGUUUUUCGCUCCGUGGUGCGGUCAUUGUAAAAAUUUAGUUCCCGAGUAUAAGAAAGCAGCUAAAGCACUAAAGGGUAUUGCCAAAGUCGGAGCUGUUGAUGCUGAUCAGUAUAAAGAGUUGUCACAGAAAUAUGGAGUUAGCGGAUUUCCAACUAUCAAAAUCUUCACUGGAAGUAAACAUAGUCCCUUCCAAGGGCAAAGAACAGCAGAAUCAUUCAUUGAUGCAGCGCUAAAGGCUGCUAAGGAUAAAGCAUAUGAGUCUCUAGGGAAGAAGUCUAGCGGAUCCUCAGAUAAGUCGGAUGUGAUCACAUUAACAGACAGCAACUUCAAAGAGAUGGUGCUUGAGAGUGAAGACCUCUGGCUGGUUGAGUUCUAUGCCCCAUGGUGUGGUCACUGCAAGAACCUGGAGCCACACUGGGCCAAAGCUGCAACAGAACUGAAAGGAAAGGUGAAAGUUGGUGCACUAGACGCGACGGUACAUCAAGGCAUUGCCUCUCGCUACCAAGUGCAAGGCUAUCCCACCAUCAAAUUAUUCAACAGCGGCAAGAAGACCAGCGAUUCUGUAGAGGACUACAAUGGUGGCAGGACUUCCAGCGACAUUGUGGCUUGGGCGCUUGAGAAGUUGGCCGAAAAUGUUCCUGCACCGGAGAUCAUUCAGGUGGUGGACGAAGCAAGCAUGAAGGCGUGCAGCGAGAAGCCGCUGUGUGUGGUGUCCAUCUUGCCACACAUCCUGGAUUGCAACGCGGCCUGUAGGAACGACUACAUCUCUGUCCUGGCCCGCCUCGGAGACAAGUACAAGAACAAGAUGUGGGGGUGGGUGUGGGCCGAAGCCGGCGCUCAGCCAUCGCUGGAGGAAGCUCUCGAGAUGGGCGGGUUCGGGUACCCGGCUAUGGCCGUCGUCAACGCCAAGAAACUCAAGUUCUCCACCCUCAGGGGAUCUUUCUCAGAGACUGGAAUCAACGAGUUCUUAAGGGACCUAUCAUUUGGGCGCGGACAAACAGCGCCAGUGCGGGGUGCGGAAAUGCCCAAAAUAUCCACGACUGAGCCCUGGGACGGUAAAGAUGGAGAGCUGCCUCCAGAAGAAGACAUCGAUCUCUCUGACAUUGAUCUUGAGAAAGAUGAACUAUAGUGCGGAUUUCAUUUGUGCUAGCGCUGAACUGAAUUAAUUUUGAACUGCUAGGCUUAAGAUUUGGUGAUAAUUUGUUAUGUGAAGGCCAAUAACAUUAAUUGCAAUUUUUAUAACUUGUGUGAUGAUAAUCUCCAUUAGAAAUGUAUAUUUAGUGUUCCAGAAAGUACACAGAUUGAAAAUAUACAAGAUGAGUCAUUUAUUUUAGAUAUUUUUUAAUUGCCUUUUAGUGGGUAGUUAUAAAAAUCAUUUUAGUCAACAUAAACAUUAUCCAGUGAAUAUAUGUGAUAGAUUUUUAUUGGUACAUAUCUCUUGUUCAUUUAAUAAUUUAUAUUAUUAGUAUUAACAAUCUAUUUGUGUAAACAUCACACUAAAAUACAGUCAUAUGUACAACCACUAAAAUCUAAACAUUUAUAGUACCUACUUACUUAUUCAAGUAAACUCGAACUUCCAUAUUGUGAUUUUAGAAGCAUUUAUAAAAUAACAAUAAAUUUCCUAUUAAUAAAUA